GUCGUCCCGCGCCUGUGGAACCGGCCACAGGUCUCCGCUCGCCUCCGGCCGGGGGUCUGCAGCUGCAGGCGUCGGUUCCCCUUAAGAUGGCGGACGAGGAGGCCAGGGACGUGGAGAGGAUGGAAGUCGGCCCGGACUUGCCCCAGACCCCGCAGGGACUGGCAUCUUGGUGGGAUCAGCAAGCUGAUUUUCAUACUACUUUCUUGCACCAUUUGGCACAAUUGGUGCCUGAAAUUUAUUUUGCUGAAAUGGACCCAGACUUGGAAAAGCAGGAGGAGAGUAUACAAACGUUAAUAUUCACUCCACUGGAAUGGUAUUUAUUUGGAGAAGAUCCAGAUAUUUCUUUAGAGAAAUUAAAACAUAGUGGAGUAUUUCAACUCUGUGGGAAGGUUUUCAAAAGUGGAGAAACAACAUAUUCUUGUAGGGAUUGUGCAAUUGAUCCAACAUGUGUGCUCUGUAUGGACUGCUUCCAGAACAGUGUUCAUAAAAACCAUCGUUACAAGAUGCAUACUUCUACUGGAGGAGGAUUUUGUGACUGUGGAGACACCGAGGCAUGGAAAACUGGCCCUUUUUGUAUAAGUCAUGAACCUGGAGCAGCAGCUACUACAAAAGAGAAUUUACGUUGUUCAUUGAAUGAAGAGGUAAUUGCCCAAGCCAGGAAAAUGUUCCCUUCAGUGAUAAAAUACAUUGUAGAAAUGACUAUAUGGGAAGAGGAAAAAGAACUGCCUUCUGAACUCCAAAUAAGGGAGAAAAAUGAAAGAUACUAUUGUGUCCUUUUUAAUGACGAACACCAUUCAUAUGACCAUGUCAUAUACAGUCUACAAAGAGCUCUUGACUGUGAGCUUGCAGAGGCCCAGUUGCAUACCACUGCCAUAGACAAAGAGGGUCGUCGGGCUGUUAAAGCAGGUGCUUUUGCUGCUUGCCAGGAAGCAAAAGAAGAUAUAAAGAGUCAUUCAGAAAAUGUCUCUCAACAUCCACUUCAUGUAGAAGUAUUACACUCUGAGGUUAUGGCUCAUCAGAAAUUUGCUUUACGUCUUGGCUCCUGGAUGAACAAAAUUAUGAGCUAUUCAAGUGAUUUUAGACAGAUCUUUUGCCAAGCAUGUCUUAGAGAAGAACCUGGCUCUGAGAAUCCCUGUCUCAUAAGCAGGCUAAUGCUUUGGGAUGCAAAGCUUUAUAAAGGUGCCCGUAAGAUCCUUCACGAAUUGAUCUUCAGCAGUUUUUUUAUGGAGAUGGAAUACAAAAAAUUCUUUGCUAUGGAAUUUGUAAAGUAUUAUAAACAGCUGCAGAAAGAAUAUAUCAGUGAUGAUCAUGAUAGAAGUAUCUCUAUAACUGCACUGUCAGUUCAGAUGUUUACUGUUCCUACUCUGGCUCGACAUCUUAUUGAAGAGCAGAAUGUUAUUUCUGUCAUUACUGAAACUUUGCUAGAAGUUUUGCCUGAGUACUUGGAUAGGAACAACAAAUUCAACUUCCAGGGUUAUAGCCAGGACAAAUUGGGACGAGUAUAUGCUGUUAUAUGUGAUCUAAAGUACAUCCUAAUCAGCAAGCCCACCGUCUGGACAGAAAGAUUAAAAAUGCAAUUCCUUGAAGGUUUUCGGUCUUUUCUGAAGAUUCUUACCUGUAUGCAGGGAAUGGAAGAAAUUAGAAGGCAGGUUGGACAACAUAUAGAAGUGGAUCCUGACUGGGAGGCUGCCAUUGCCAUACAGAUGCAAUUGAAGAAUAUUUUACUCAUGUUCCAAGAGUGGUGUGCUUGUGAUGAAGAACUCUUACUAGUGGCUUAUAAAGAAUGUCACAAAGCUGUGAUGAGGUGUAGUACAAGUUUUAUGUCUAGUAGCAAGACAGUAGUACAAUUGUGUGGUCACACUUUGGAAACUAAGUCCUACAGAGUAUCUGAAGACCUCGUAAGCAUACAUCUUCCACUCUCAAGGACUCUUGCUGGUCUUCAUGUGCGUUUAAGCAGGCUGGGCGGUGUUGCAAGACUGCAUGAAUUUGUGCCUUAUGAGGACUUUCAAGUAGAGGCACUAGUAGAAUUUCCUUUGCGUUGUCUGGUAUUAGUUGCCCAGGUUGUUGCUGAGAUGUGGCGAAGAAAUGGGCUCUCUCUCAUUAGCCAGGUGUUUUAUUACCAGGAUGUUAAGUGCAGAGAAGAAAUGUAUGAUAAAGAUAUCAUCAUGCUUCAGAUUGGUGCAUCUUUAAUGGAUCCCAACAAGUUCUUAUUACUGAUACUUCAGAGGUAUGAACUUGCUGAUGCUUUUAAAAAGACCAUAUCUACAAAUGACCAGGAUUUGAUUAAACAAUAUAAUACAUUAAUAGAAGAAAUGCUUCAAAUCCUCAUCUAUAUUGUGGGCGAGCGUUAUGUACCUGGAGUGGGAAAUGUGACCAAAGAAGAGGUCACAAUGAGAGAAAUUAUUCACUUGCUUUGUAUUGAACCCAUGCCACACAGUGCCAUUGCGAAAAAUUUACCUGAGAACGAAAACAAUGAAACCGGCUUAGAGAAUGUUAUAAACAAAGUAGCCACAUUUAAGAAACCAGGUGUAUCAGGCCAUGGAGUUUAUGAACUAAAAGAUGAAUCAUUGAAAGACUUCAAUAUGUACUUUUAUCAUUACUCCAAAACACAGCAUAGCAAGGCUGAACAUAUGCAGAAGAAAAAGAGAAAACAAGAAAACAAAGAUGAAGCAUUACCACCACCACCACCUCCUGAAUUCUGUCCUGCUUUCAGCAAAGUGAUUAACCUUCUAAAUUGUGAUAUCAUGAUGUACAUUCUCAGGACCAUAUUUGAGCGGGCAUUAGACACAGAUUCUAACUUGUGGACUGAAGGGAUGCUCCAGAUGGCAUUUCAUAUUCUGGCGUUGGGGUUACUAGAAGAAAAGCAGCAGCUUCAGAAAGCUCCUGAGGAAGAAGUGACCUUUGACUUCUACCACAAGGCUUCAAGAUUAGGAAGUUCGGCCAUGAAUGCUCAGAAUAUACAAAUGCUUUUGGAAAAACUCAAAGGAAUUCCCCAGUUAGAAGGCCAGAAGGACAUGAUAACAUGGAUACUCCAGAUGUUUGACACAGUGAAGCGAUUAAGAGAAAAAUCUUGUUUAAUAGUAGCAACUGCAUCAGGAUCAGAAUCUAUUAGGAACGAUGAGAUUACUCAUGAUAAAGAAAAAGCUGAACGGAAAAGAAAAGCUGAAGCUGCUAGGCUGCACCGCCAGAAGAUCAUGGCUCAAAUGUCUGCCUUACAGAAAACCUUUAUUGAAACUCACAAACUCAUGUAUGAUAGUACAUCAGAAAUGUCUGGAAAAGAGGACUCCAUUAUGGAGGAAGAGAGCACCCCACCAGUCAGUGACUACUCUAGAAUUGCUUUGGGUCCUAAACGAGGUCCAUCUAUUACUGAAAAGGAGGUGCUGACAUGCAUCCUCUGCCAAGAAGAACAAGAGGUGAAAAUAGAAAAUAAUGCCAUGGUAUUAUCGGCCUGUGUCCAGAAAUCCACCGCCUUAACCCAGCACAGGGGGAAACCCAUAGAAUUCUCAGGGGAAUCCCUGGACCCACUUUUCAUGGAUCCAGACUUGGCAUAUGGAACUUAUACAGGAAGCUGUGGUCAUGUAAUGCAUGCGGUGUGCUGGCAGAAAUAUUUUGAAGCUGUACAGCUGAGCUUUCAGCAGCGUAUUCAUGUUGACCUUUUUGACUUGGAAAGUGGAGAAUAUCUUUGCCCCCUCUGCAAGUCUCUGUGCAAUACUGUGAUCCCCAUUAUUCCUUUGCAACCUCGAGCAAUUAGCAGUGAGAAUGCAGAAGCCCUUGCUCAGCUUUUGACCCUGGCACGAUGGAUACCAACUGUUCUGGCAAGAAUAUCAGGUUAUAAUAUAAAACAUGCCAAAGGAGAAAACCCAACAAUUCCAGUAUUAUUUGAUCAAGGGAUGGGUGAUUCCACUUUUGAGUUCCAUUCUAUCCUGAGUUAUGGAAUUCAGUCUUCGAUAAAAUACUCUAAUAGCAUCAAGGAAAUGGUCAUUCUCUUUGCCACAACAGUGUAUAGAAUUGGACUGAAAGUGCCUCCUGAUGAAACGGAUCCUCGAGUCCCCAUGAUGACCUGGAGCACAUGUGCUUUCACUCUCCAGGCCAUAGAAAACCUCUUGGGAGAUGAAGGAAAACCUCUAUUUGGAGCACUUCAAAAUAGACAGCAUAAUGGUCUGAAAGCAUUAAUGCAGUUUGCCAUUGCACAGAGGAGUACCUGUCCUCAGGUCCUGAUACAGAAACUUCUGAUUCGUCUCCUAUCAGUUGUUCUUCCUAACCUAAAAUCAGAAGAUACACCUUGCCUUCUAUCUAUAGAUCUAUUUCAUGUUUUGGUAGGUGCUGUGUUAGCAUUCCCAUCCUUGUAUUGGGAUGACACUGUUGAUCUACAGCCUUCAUCAAUUAGUUCUUCUUAUAACCACCUUUAUCUCUUUCAUUUGAUCACAAUGGCACACAUACUUCAGAUACUUCUUACCAUAGACACAGGCCUUCCCCUUGCUCAGAUUCAAGAAGACAGUGAAGAGGCUUAUUCUGCAUCUUCUUUUAUGGCAGAAGUUUCUCAAUAUACAAGUGGCUGCGUUGCCUGUGAUAUUCCUGGCUGGUAUUUGUGGGUCUCGCUGAAGAAUGGCAUCAUGCCUUACCUUCGUUGUGCUGCAUUGUUUUUCCACUAUUUACUUGGAGUAACUCCACCUGAAGACCUGUUUACCAAUUCUACUGAAGGAGAGUACAGUGCACUCUGUACCUAUCUAUCUUUACCCACAAAUUUGUUCCUACUUUUCCAGGAAUAUUGGCAUACUGUAAAACCCUUCCUCCAGAGGUGGUGUGCAGAUCCUGCCUUACUGAACUGCUUGAAGCAAAAAAGCACCAUAGUCAGGUACCCUAGAAAAAGAAAUAGUUUGAUAGAGCUUCCUGAUGAUUAUAGCUGCCUUCUAAAUCAAGCUUCUCAUUUCAGGUGCCCACGGUCUGCAGAUGAUGAGAGAAAGAACCCUGUCCUUUGUCUUUUCUGUGGGACCAUACUGUGUUCUCAGAACAUUUGCUGCCAAGAAACGGUAAAUGGGGAAGAGGUUGGAGCUUGCAUUUUUCAUGCACUUCACUGUGGAGCUGGAGUCUGCAUUUUCCUGAAAAUCAGAGAAUGCAGAGUGGUCUUAGUGGAAGGUAAAGCCAGAGGCUGUGCCUAUCCGGCUCCUUACUUGGAUGAAUAUGGUGAAACAGAUCCUGGCCUGAAGAGAGGCAACCCCCUUCAUUUGUGUCGUGAGAGGUAUCGGAAGCUCCAUUUGGUGUGGCAACAACACUGCAUAAUAGAAGAGAUUGCUAGGAGCCAGGAAACGAACCAGAUGCUAUUUGGAUUCAACUGGCAGUCAUUAUGAGCUCCAGCUCUGCCUCGGGACAGCCACGAAUGAAGACUAUAAUGAAGACUGAUUCAGAAUUACGGAGACCUUUGGAGGGCUGUGGAAGUGUUGGAGGGUCUUUGCUCCUUGUCCAGUUGUGUCCAGAUUCAUAUAAAUCAAUAAAAUAUUCCUUAAUGGAGUAUUGCUUUCAAUUGGUGAACAUAUGCUUAAAGGAAAAGAAGAGCAUAAACUAAUCUGUUCUGUGUUCUAGAACACUAAAGAAAUGCUCCUUCACCCCAAGGGUCUGAUUCUGCUAAUAUUUCCAGAAAACUCACUUCCCUUUCUAAUCCCAUUUCAUUUCAUCCCCCUGAUCAAUGAAGUCACAUCAAGCAGUUUUGGACAUUAUUGUAUGUUAGUUAACUCUGCAAUUUUGUUAUUGGUGGUCCCCACCCUCACCCCCGAUUUAGUUAGGCUAGCAUUGGAUCACUGACACGAUUCUAAUAAUCUGUGAUUUUCUUCUUGCAGCUAAAGAGGAAUUGCAGAAACCAUUCAGUAUGCUUCAAUUGGAGAAUUCUGUAAUUGAGAAAGUUUUCCCAAAAAAGUAAAAUUUUAGUCAUUUCUCUUUUAAGGAAAUACCCUAGUGUGCUACUUACUGUUUCAGUUAGAAAUUAAAUGAAAUCUCUAUAUGGACUGAGUUGCCACUUCUAAGGCAAAUUUCUGCCAGUAUUAGGAUAGUGCAUUUAUUAUUCAUCCCUGAUGGGACAGUCUAUCUAUAAUCCUCACUUCUGACCACAAAUAACUUCAUUGAGUUUUGAAAUUAUACUUUCCAUUUUCCAAAGGCAAGUUUCUAAAAUGAGUUCACUUAUCUCGUGAUGUGGUACCACCCUAUUUGACUCUUAGAAAUCUGAUGCAGUUCUGAUGUAAACUAUCCAGAAUGAAGAAAGGAAAAUUCCCUCAGUGAACAGAGCAUGACAGCUAUAAGUUAGGACAAUCAAAUUGAAGCCAAUUCUACAACCUCCUAUGUCUUUAUAAAAGACUAAUCCUUCAUUUGUUAUCUGUGUGUAACCUUUUCAUGAACUGAUUUUUAUGACUAGUACAAACAACCAAAAAAGCCAUGUGAUCAAUAGUCUGUGUCCUGUUAUAACAUGCUGUGGUUGAGCCAUCUUGUUUAUAAAUAAUGAAGCUCUCCAAAAUCUGUGCAAACUUUUAACUUUUAUCAAGAACUUGUGAUGUAAACAGCAGACAGAAGAUAAGUUGAAAUCUUCCAUUUUAGCUUCUGUUGUAUGUGGAAUAAUGUUAGGAGUUUGAAAGAUACAUUCAAAGAUCAUCUUAUUUUUCCUUUAGUGAUAAGUGUCAUAUAUGUGUGUAAAUGUUUUCCUACUUUCUUUGUGCUCAGCACAGGCAAGCAAAUAAAAAUUUGUGAAGUGAUUGAUGAUGCACAUUUGGGGUCAGAUUUUUUUUGUUAUUUCUAUGUAAAGUAAAGGUGGAUUUUGCAGUAAUUGAUAUGAACAGGCAUCAGAAUCACAAUCUACUUGAAUAAUUAUUGAGAAGGUAUCAGGAAAUUGAUUAAACUUCACUGAACAAUUUAUAAUAAUUGAUAGGUGAGGAUCAGAAAAUUCAGUAUUCAGUUUGCCAAAUUUGCCAGUGUGAUUAAGUGAUUAGAACAUUUCCCUUUAUUUCUUAUGUGACUUUGUUGGAUGGAUUGGCUGACUGGGAAGUCUGAGCCAGGAUAGUCAACAGAAGAUGCUGACUUCUGCCCUAAUAGACCGGCUCCAGUUUAGCAAAGAUAAACUGACUUUAAAUUUCUAGUCUUUUUAUAUUCACUUCGCAAAUUCUGGGGUUAAGCUCUCAAGCGGCCAGAAAGACUAUCCCACAUUAGCCAGUCAGACCUGUAUUGCCAAAGAACCUAUUUCAUAUUGAGUUCCACUUACUGAGGUAGAUUCACAUCUCUGCACUGUAGAUGAACAUAUGUCAGUGCUGCCGCCAGCCCAAGGGAUCUCUAAUUAUAUUCAAAUACCUUAGUGGUUUGCCUUCAUCAUUGCAAACAAUUUAAUCAUGCUUAUGAAAUUUACUUUAAAAAUGAGCAAAAAGUCACUUUAUUUUUAUUAGUGUAGAAUGUGGAGGAACUAGUUCAACAAGAUAACUCCAAACCUGUGUUUUUUUAAUGUUUGGUGUGAGGGGUCAACAGGAAUUUUUACGAUACGGUAAAGGAAAACAUGUAUCUGUAUAAUUAAUUUAUUAUGUUGGUGUAUGGGCUGUGAGUUCAUCCUGUAGUGAUCAUUUGUCAUUUCAUAACAACUAUGCAUUUGGUUCACUGUGAUGAUGAUCUAUAUUUAGUGACUGCAACAUGUUUAUACCACUGUUUGAAAUUCCAUCCAUGAACUUAUACAAAUAAUGCUUAUAUUGAUAUCUUUUAUUGCAAAAUGUAAAUUUAAAACUUGUAUAAUGUUCUCGUGCUUUUUGAAAUAAAAUAUCUUAUAUGUGUA